CGAAGGGCACUGCGCGGUGCGCCAGGCAUCCCCGGACUACCGCGUCACUACCCCCUGCCUUUAUAGCCAUCCAACCGGCACGCCGGGUGUGUUGCCAUGACUACUGACAAAUCGAAAUUUAGUUGUAUGGUAGCUAGUAGACCCAAAUCAACUGGAAUAUAGUUAGCAUCAAGCGACUAUUUUCCAAUUAUUGUGCUUGAUACCAUAGCACUAAAACCAUGGCCUCUGACGGUGUACUCUCAAGUAGUUCUCUGGAGAUGAUUAAUAGGGCACCCUUAAGUGAAGAAAAGCAUGAACAGCCUCCUAAAAUUAAGAUAUGCCUUGAUAUAAGUAAACGGUCUUUGUCAGACAUCCCUUUAUAUGAUGUUGCAAACUUAAAUCAUCUGCAGUUUCUUUACCUUCAAGGAAACACAAUUGAAAAGCUUCCAAAAGACUUCUUCUAUAGGUUCCCUUCAUUGAGGCAUUUAGAUCUGCGACAGAACUGUCUCAUCGAACUGCCUGUAUCCAUAGCAGGUCAUAAUUCACUGGAAGUACUGCUUCUUCAAGAUAACCGACUCAAAUCACUGCCAUGUGAACUAGGACAAGUUCCACGGUUGAGAAAACUUCAAUUUUCUGGAAAUCCUUUGGAGUGGCCUCCACAAAAAAUACUGUCAAGCGGUUUGGUAUCAAUCUUAUCCUAUUUAAGAAAGGCAUUCAUGGAACAGCUUAGUACAGGAGAUACAGACCCAAUACCUAAGGCAAAUGACUAUGAAUGCACAAAGGAUGAGGAAACUAGAAUGCAAUUAGUUCAGAGGCCUUUUUUGGAAAAAUUAUCAACAAAGGCAGUGGCAAAAGAUGGAAAUUCCCAAUCUUAUUCAAGUCUGCAUUCCCACUGCGAGGACAGCUCAACAGUCAAAACACUAGAGCAAACUGAUAAAAAGGACUCCACUGCACUUGUUUAUCUAAAGGGAGGCUCUAAACAGUUAAAAACUCGAGCAAGUUCAAAUGUAAAUCACACUCAAAAUAGAAGUAAUACAAAGAGUACAUCUCUCAGAGCCUUUGUAUCAAGAGGUCAUGCACAAGCAAUUAUAAAAGGUCAAACUUACCCCCUUGGAUACAGGAAACGUACUGGUCUCUCAACAACAAAAAUAUAUAAAACAUUGUUGCAGCAACUGUGGCUAAACCAGUUAAAAUACACACUCCAGUCUCAAGAUGCAGCUCUUCAGAAACAAAAAACUUCAGAGGCUCUAAAACAAUGGCGCCAGGAUGCAAGAGAACUCCAGAAAAAUAAGUUUGAACACAAUUGGUCUGGACUGACUUUUCCAUACGAUUUGGAUGCAAAUAGCCUGAAAAUGGUUUCUCGAAUGGACUGGCAGACUGUAAGAUGCAGGAAAACUUCCCUUUUAAUCUUUAAUUUAUCAUAUACACCAAGUAAACUGCUAUACGUUAUGCAAUGCACUUGUUUUAGUUCCAGAACAAAUCAUUGGAAAAAAGAGGCCAUUCUAAACCAAGCGGCAUUUCUUGUACAAGAGCUAUGUACGUGUAAACUAACUCAAAUGUUCUUUCUAUCCAAAACAGGUCAUUGGAUUAGUCUCUCAUCUUGUGUUUGUUUUGUGCUUAGGGGUCUUCAGGAAAAAAUCAACCAAAUCCUCCGAUCCUUCGAAGAAAUGAAGUCAUCUGAUGCAGGCAGCUCACAAAACAGCUUCUUUGACACUGAUCCUUCAUCUCGAUGCAAGAUGCUUGCUGAAGAAAUGAAAAAGAUAAGCAAUUUGCAAAAGGCUGUGCGAGCACUUCGUCUUUCAACAGAAUGAGAUUAUUUUAAAAUUUCAUUGCUUAUGGUUGGCAGAGCAGAUAGUACUUCAAAACCAGAACAACAGAUUUUAUGAAGCUAUUUU